ACCCAAAACAGCAGAAACACAACAGAAAACAACCACAAUAACGCAUUCCAAACAAGACAAACAACAAAACAUUAAUUGAUAUCUCUAUCCUUGCAUUUCAAUUUGCUAAAGGUGUCACUUGGUGAAAUUUCAAAACUAGACCAAAUAGUCCAAAAUUACCGAAUAAUGUUGAACAAACGAAGAUAAUAAAAGGAAAAUGAGUCUAAUGAGUAUCGAACUUGAAACAUCGGGUCAAAUGCAUUGACGAAAAUUUAAACGACCAACACCCCAGUAGAGUUACUUCCCUUCUUGUCAUCAGUGCGAGGUGGGUUAGCUCGUUACUAGUUCGCGUUUUCUGUUUAUUUAUCUUCGUUGAAUUUUCAGAUGAUAAAGUGACUCUAACAUGGCUUCCAACAAAAUGUCUGACCUUGACCUAGCCAAGGUGAAGGCUGUUGUGUUUGAUGUGGGAGGGGUCAUCAUUCCAUCACCAGUUCCUGUGUUUCAAGCAUUUGAGUCGAGGUCUGGCCUCCCUAAGGGCACUGUGGCGGGGCUGAUUGUCAAUGGGGGGAUCGGGUCAGCUUGGGGGCAGCUUGAGACUGGGAGAAAGACCUUCGCACAAUUUCUAGAUGGCUUUGGACAGGAGAUCAAGAAGAAGACUGGAAGAAGUGUUGACAUGACACUGUUACAAGAUUUGUUUGCUGGAUGGAGCAGACAGCCAUAUCCUGUGAUAGUUGAUGCUGUACACUGUCUCAAAGCUGAAGGCUACAAGCUGGCGCUGCUGACCAACAACUGGUUCGUUGAUGACAUCAACACUGGCACCACUGCCCUGGCCAUGGAUAUGUCCUUAUUUGAUGUGAUAGUGGAAUCUUCACGCGUGGGUGUCAGGAAGCCCGACCCCGAGAUCUACCGCAUCUGUCAGAAGAAACUGGAUGUACAACCAGGCGAGAUUGUCUUCCUUGAUGACCUUGGCGUUAACCUGAAGGCAGCUCGAAGGUUGGGAUGGCAUACUAUCAAGGUGUCGGAUGCUGAGAAGGCUGUGUGUGACCUAGAGGUGGCGCUGGGUCUACAGUUGAGGGGGUAUGUGGAGGGCACGGUGUCUGUGCCUAAUCACCUGGCCCUUCCUGUCCAUGGCCUGGCAGAGUACCUCAGCACAACAUUAGGACAGUCAUCAUUGGACUUGCCGGUCAUCAAGAAUUUUGAACACGGCCAGAGCAAUCCAACAUAUCUGGUACAAUAUGGCGGCAAGAAGUUAGUGCUGAGGAAGAAGCCGCCUGGUUCACUGUUGCCGUCUGCCCACGCAGUGGACCGAGAGUAUCGGGUGAUGAAGGCUGUCGGGGAGAACGGCGUUCCCGUCCCCCAGAUGUUGAACUACUGUGACAAGGAAAGCAUCGUGGGAACACCGUUCUACCUGAUGGAGUACCUGCAGGGGCAUGUCUUCAAGAUGCCUUGUCAGAUGGGUGUCAGCCUGGACGAGGUGCGAGCACUGUACUUCAGCAUGGUCGACGUGCUGUGUAAAUUACACUCGGUUGACAUCAGUAAAGCUGGACUGGACACUUUCGGAAGGAAAGGCAACUUUAUAAAAAGGAACUUUCAGCGAUGGUCAAAACAGUAUGAAGCUAGCAAGACCAGAGAGAUUCCAUCUCUUAACAACCUCAUGAACUGGAUACCACAGCACUAUCCCCAGCAGGAGAGAGUGACUAUUGUUCAUGGAGACUUCAGGCUGGACAAUCUGAUGUUCGCCAUGACCUCCACCGAUGUCCUGGGUGUCCUGGACUGGGAACUGUCCACACUGGGCGACCCCGUCACUGACCUCGCGACCUGCUGUCUGGCCCACUACCUGCCUCAGUCAGGCACAAUAAUGUCAGGUCUGGCAGGUGCUGAUUUAAAAUCCCUGGGGAUUCCCACAGUUCAGGAGCUGAUUGGUCGCUAUUGUUAUCAGAUGAAGAUUCCACCAAUAGAAAACUGGGAUUUUUAUAUGGCGUUCACAUUUUUCAAGAUGGCUGCCGUACUCCAGGGAGUGUAUAAAAGAGGCAUAUCUGGUCAGGGCAGUUCUAGUCGGGCCAAGUUUGCUGGUGCUGCUGCCGAGAUGUAUGCUGACAUUGGCUGGAAGAUAGCUUCCGGAAGUCACCUGCAGCCCACGCUCCGUGCUGUGAACAGCGAGGCGGCAGAACGGAGGAACCUACUGAAGACUCAGACCAUUAUGUCCUAUAUGUCCCGUCCUAUGGCUGUCGAUAGGACACAGGAGACUGUGGGCCAGAUGCCGGUGUCAGUGGAUGCGUUGUCCCCUCGUGUACAAGAUCUGUACAACAGGAUGAAGCAGUUCCUCGCCGACCAUGUCGUCCCUGUUGAGAAGGAGGUGUUUGAGCACCUGCAUGGCCCCAACAGGUGGACUGUCCACCCUCAGCUUGCACAGCUCACGCAAAAAGCAAAGGCAGAAGGUCUGUGGAAUAUGUUCCUACCAUUAGAGUCAGAUCCAGAGCGGAAAUAUGGAGCUGGUCUCACCAACCUGGAGUACGCAUUCUUCUGUGAGGAGAUGGGAAGAGUUCCUCUGGCGCCAUCGAUCUUCAACUGCAACGCCCCGGACACGGGCAACAUGGAGGUGUUGGUCAAGUACGGGACAGAGGAACAGAAGCGGAGGUGGCUCACGCCGCUCCUCAACGGCCAGAUCAGGUCCUGCUUCGGCAUGACCGAACCCGAGGUUGCUUCCUCCGACGCCACCAACAUCCAGUCCUCCAUCAGGAGAGAUGGCGAUUACUACAUCAUUAACGGACACAAAUGGUGGACCUCGAACGCGCUGCACCCGGCCUGCAAGUUGUGCGUGUUCAUGGGGAAAACAAGCACCGGCGGCUCUCGAUACAGACAGCAGAGCAUGAUUCUCGUCCCAAUGGAUGCUCCUGGGGUCAAGGUCGUGAGGCCUCUCUCCGUCUUUGGGUAUGACCAUGCUCCAGGUGGCCACGGUGAGGUCGUGUUUGAAAAUGUACGAGUUCCUGCCUCCAACAUCCUCUUAGGUGAAGGUCGUGGGUUUGAAAUUGCUCAAGGUCGUCUUGGCCCAGGAAGAAUACAUCACUGCAUGAGGUUAAUUGGCAAUGCAGAACGAGCCCUCAGUCUCAUGAUUGAAAGGACAAAAAGCAGAAUCGCUUUUGGAAAGCCUUUGGCAGCUCAGGGUACAAUCCAGGCAGACAUUGCCCAGUCCCGGAUAGAGAUAGAACAGACUCGACUCCUGGUGUUGAAGGCCGCCUACAUGAUGGACGUGUACGGGAAUAAGGUUGCUGCACCAGAAAUUGCAAUGAUAAAAGUGGCAGCCCCCAGUAUGGCCGAGAGAGUGCUGGAUAGAGCUAUCCAGGCCCAUGGAGGAGCUGGUGUCAGUGACGACUUUCCUUUGGCGGCCAUGUUUGCUCAGGUUCGUACCCUCCGAUUUGCCGAUGGCCCUGACGAAGUACAUCGGCGCUCAGUAGCCAGGAUGGAAUAUGCCAAAUCGGUCAAGUCAAGUUUAUAGGGCCUGUGUAGAAGUAACGCUCUGAUAACAAGUGAUCAAGAGAAAGGGUCUCUGUAUAUUUCAAUCUUAUAUGAAAAGUAUUCAACACUUUGAUUUUCAGAACAAACUUCCUGAUUUAUGUUUGGAGAUCUCAGCAAGGUGGUACCCCAAUGAGUGCUAUUAUUAUACCCCGCCAUGAAGUGGAAGGGGGAUAUAGGAAUGGGUGCUGUCCUUCCGUCUGUAACAUUUCGUUUCCGGAGCAGUACUCUUAACCCAUGAGAGAUAUCUUAACCAAACUUGGCACAUAGAUAUGUCUAGUGCUGAACUAGUGCCUUUAUAUUUUGGGAUUUUUGAAAAAUGUAUUUUUUUGUUUCGAUCGCAAGACUGAAAAAUGGCGAUAGUGCUCAUUUCAGGAGCAUAUCUUAAAAACUGUAAAUAUUUCUUGCCUUGCACACAGCCGGACAUGUCAUAUUGGCAGGGGAUAUGAAUAUUUCAUGCUUGUUACUUUUGGUAUCGAAAGAUGUUUUCCACAAAAGGACCUGUUGUCAUCCAUUACACAAACAUUGUGUGAGGAUUAUUCUUGUGAUACAAUAUGGGCAUUGCAUUUGUGUCUUAGAGCAUUGUUCUUCUGUUUUCAUCCUGUCCCACAAAUGUGGACUUCCCACUGCAUCGACCAUCAUUAUCCUACACCCUUGUCAUUAUAUGUGACCCAUCAGGAUAUAGGGACCUUAAGGGUGCUAGAUACAAUUGUGUCGUCAUAAAGAAAGACGUUUCCGGCUUAGUUUACGAGAAAAUACACACGUAAUCUUAAUCUCUGCAUAUAAAACAAUGCCUUUGAGAGCAGGAAAUACAUUUUAAAUGUUAAAAUCAUCAUGUCUAGUGAUGUUUUAUAUCAAAUUUCAUACUUUUAUUGACCAAGUUUGUAAUGCCUGUUUAUUCACCUGAAGUCUUUGAAGGGAUACGAUAACGCUCUUCAAUUAUUCGGACCCCGAGGGUAGGGUUGUUUGUUUUUUAAAAUGUCCGGACAGAAAAAUUUAAAUGUCCAGUAAACAAUAUUUUAAAUCGGACAUUUGAGAUUCCCAAUGGGACAUGUCCUGCGCAUUUGAGCGUUUCCGGACCCCUGGUUUGACGUCAACUUGUUCCGUAAAAAUCGCCUUAUGUGAGGACAGUACAAAAAUAUCUUAUUUUUAUCCCAUCAGUUCGUAAUGUAAUAAAACAUUAUUUCAAAACAUUUCAGCAUACAUGUCUACGUUCAAAUAAUCGGACAUUAUAUCUGAAACCUGCAAUUCUGUGUCAUGCUAUAAUUACAACACUUUGGCUCAAGACGUUAGUUGUUUAGGAGCUACUGUUGUUGAUAUUGUUUAAUACAGAUUCUCUUAUACUACUCUAAAGAAGUUAAGGACCACCUGAUUAAUAUCAGAUUAAUAUGGUUGAUCUAUCAUGGCAUGAUUACCCAUAAUACAGUAGAACAUGGAUAUAACGAACAACAAGGGACCGGAGAAAUCAGUUUGUUGUGUAUGUUGUUCGUUAUAUACGUUUUCGUGGAAAUGUUCCCAAUCUUUGAUAAAACAAAACACAAUACACGUCAUAGGAGCAUUGAUUUGUAUUAGCAGUGAUCACUUCAUAGCAUUAAAUUGAUAACAUUUCAUAACAUUCAUUUAAUAACAUUAAAUAGAACAUUUUUAGAACAUUGUUUAUCAAGUAUGUAUUUAGCAUUUCACGAUUUACAUACGGGGAGAUGUACAGUUGGUGCUUUUGCUCUGGCCUUGGUUUGCUGGCUGCAUUAGUGAAAAUACAUCAAUGAGAUCAGCCAAACUAUCGAAUGAUGUCAUCAUGUUUUGCGUAUCAGGAGAAUCUUAAGUGAUUUAAUGUUUGUUUAAAAGACAAGAUUCGUCCAAUUACAUGUACAGGUAAGAUUAACAUUAAGCAAGUUUAAUUUUGUUGAAUCGUCACGGCUGAUUGUGUUCAUUCGCCGUGAUUGUGUUGAUUCGCCACUGAUUCGUACAGCAAAUUGUCAGGGACACUUGACACUGAGUGAGAUUUCUCAGUUCGCUAUACACGUCACUAAUUAGUGGUAUUGUCGGGGAUCAGAUAUGAGUUUGCUAUAUAUGUUUGUUUGCUGUAGAGAGUUCGUAAUAUACGUAAUAUUUAUAUAAUAUAUAGGAGAUAAAUCAGGGAUUUUGUAACAGUUCGUUGUAUCCGUUUGUUUGUUCUAUCCAUGUUCUACUGUAAUAUGAAAAAUGGGGUGGUCCUUAACUUCUUUUGAGUAGUAUAUAUUACUCUCUAUCUAUACAGAGUGAAUAUAUUCUGGGUGUUUUUGAUAUGGUGCUGUUGGGUACAACUAGUGUCCGACAACUAUUUAGAUAUCCUAGAGAAGCAGAAUACCUGGACAUUAAGAAGUUCAGGUGAGAGAUGAGAUCAUUGAGUGAACUAUGAACACAAACUUGGUUGCUUGUCCAGCGUAACAAGUAUGUCCAACAAUCACUACUGCUAAUUCAGAUUCAAUAGCUCAUGUUUAUUUAUGUGAGUGAGUAUGUAUUGUUUUACACCGCUUUUAGCAAUAUUUCAGCAAUAUCACGGUUGGGGACACCUGACAUGGGCUUCACACAUUGUACCCAUGUCGGGAUUUGAGCCCGGGUCUUCGGCGUGACGAGUGAACGCUUUAACCACUAGGCUACCAGACCGCCCCUUAUUUAUGUGAACUAUAUGCUGUUAAUCAAUGUUCCACAUUGUUGUUAUUGAAUGGAUGUAUGAUUUUUACAUGAUUUUAUUAUAUAUCUUGUAAUAGUAUUUUGAUUGUUAAUAUAUAUUCAGU